ACGUAGCGCUGCGGCGGCGGCGGCGGCGGAGGGGAGCGGGAGCCGCGUCCGCCGGCCGCGGCGGGGCCUGGGCCUGAGCCCGAACCAGCGGCUACUCGAGCGCCGCGGCGGCGGCUGAGGGGGCCGAGCGGAGGGAGAGAGGGGAGGGCCCCGGCCGCCCUGCCCUCCGCCCUCCCGCCUCGCCUCCUCGCCUGUGCCCCCCUCCCCUCGCUGCCCGGCAAUGGAAGGCGGCGGGGGCGGCCCUGAGGGGAUCGGCCUGGCCCCCUCCCGCGGAGCGGCGGCAUGGAGGUGUGGGGGCCACCGGCAGCGCUCUCCUUCCUCCUUGUCACUUGCUAAUUGUGCAGCCACGACGGUGCACGGUCCGCGAUUGUUAGGAGGGGACGCGGUUCUUAAAUGCAGUCGCUUCUGGGACUGGAGUUGUCAUUGAGUAGAUAAAAUGUUCAGCAGUUUGUUGGCAACUUUUCCCAGAAGAAUAAUAACUACUGCUCUGCUCUUGCCAUAAUACCAGAAUUCUGUGACGUCCGCAUCAGUGCUAAACACCAGCAGAGAGUCUUACUUUGUUCAUUCUGUGUAGAUGGCACAGGCGUCAGUCUUGAGAGUCCAUCCUGAUUUAAAGCUGCUUACUUGGUUUUCUGGGAUUAAAGGUGCUCAAUGAGUCAGGGCCCCCCAAAUGAGUCAAACAGCCAAUUCUUGCCAACAGUUGGUUGAAAACUGUGCUGCACAUGUAGCAGGGAUGGCGCAAGAGGACAGUCGCCGUGGUCAAGUGCCACCUACAUUUUAUCAUGGUGCCAGCCAGGAACUUGAUCUGUCCACCAAGGUAUACAAGAGAGAGUCAGGAAGUCCUUACUCUGUGUUGGUGGACAGCAAAAUGAGUAAACCACAUCUCCAUGAAAGAGAGGAGCAGCCGUAUUUCAGGGAGAACAGAUCGGUAGGAGAGGUCCGGGCUGUGAAGGAAGAUAGAGAAAACUCUGACGACUCUGAGGAGGAAGAAGAGGAGGAAGAUGAAGUGACUUACAAAAGGGAGCAGAUUAUAGUAGAGGUAAACCUUAACAACCAAACAUUAAAUGUAUCAAAAGGGGAGAAGGGUGUCCCCUCCCAGUCCAAAGAGACUGCUGUUCUUAAGACCAGCAGUGAGGAAGAGGAGGGUGACAGUGGGGAAGAGGCCACUGAAGACAGUAAUGAUGAUGAGGAAAAUGAGAGGCAGAAGAAAAAAGAGAAAAGUGUGGAAAAAGUUAGUGUUGCACAAAGGAGAACAAGGAGAGCUGCAUCUGCUGCAGCAGCCACAACUUCCCCAUCACCCAGAACUACAAGGGGUCGUAGAAAGAGUUUGGAGCCCCCCAAGCGUAAGAAGAAAACUGCAAAGGAGCCCAAGGCACCUGUGCAGAAAUCAAAGUGUGAAGAGAAGGAGACUUUAACCUGUGAGAAGUGCCCCAGGGUGUUUAACACACGCUGGUACCUGGAGAAGCACAUGAACGUCACUCACAGGCGCAUGCAGAUCUGCGACAAAUGUGGGAAGAAAUUUGUUCUAGAAAGUGAGCUGUCCCUUCACCAGCAAACAGACUGUGAAAAAAAUAUCCAGUGUGUUUCCUGUAAUAAAUCAUUCAAGAAACUCUGGUCCCUCCAUGAACAUAUCAAGAUUGUCCACGGAUACGCAGAAAAGAAAUUCUCUUGUGAGAUUUGUGAAAAAAAGUUCUACACCAUGGCCCACGUGCGGAAACAUAUGGUUGCACACACAAAGGACAUGCCAUUUACAUGUGAAACCUGUGGAAAAUCAUUCAAACGCAGUAUGUCUCUCAAAGUACAUUCCCUACAGCAUUCUGGAGAGAAACCUUUCAGAUGUGAGAACUGCGAUGAGAGGUUUCAGUACAAGUACCAGCUGCGUUCCCACAUGAGCAUCCACAUUGGGCACAAACAGUUCAUGUGCCAGUGGUGUGGCAAAGACUUCAACAUGAAACAGUACUUUGAUGAGCACAUGAAAACACACACUGGAGAGAAGCCCUUCAUCUGUGAAAUCUGUGGGAAGAGCUUCACCAGCCGCCCAAACAUGAAAAGACAUCGCAGAACUCACACAGGCGAGAAGCCCUACCCAUGUGAUGUGUGUGGCCAGCGAUUUCGCUUCUCCAACAUGCUCAAGGCACACAAGGAGAAGUGCUUCCGUGUUACCAGUCCUGUCAAUGUGUCAACUGCUGUCCAGAUCCCACUGUCCACGACUUCUCCUGCCACCACAGUCCCUGCUGUAGUGAACACACCCACCACCCCAGCUCCACCUAUCAACCUGAAUCCAGUGAGCACACUUCCUCCACGGCCCAUUCCCCACCCAUAUUCACACCUUCACCUACAUCCUCAUCCUCACCAUGCACAUCAUCUCCCGGUCCCACCGGUUCCUCAUUUACCCCCUCCUCCAGCUCUUUUUAAGAGUGAGCCUUUAAAUCACAGAGGCCAGGGUGAGGACAACUUUCUGCGACACCUGGCAGAAAAAAACAGUUCAGCACAGCACCACUAACAUCUUUGCUUCCUGCCAGCUAUUUUCCCAUUUUAUGCACAUGGAAACAUGCCCUCAUGGAAGUACAGAGGGUUAGUUGGUGAGGAUCUUUUGUCUUUCUCUUAGCCCCAGCAGAUGGUCCUAAUUUUUCCCUUGAAUCAGUUAACAAACAAGGAAAUUCUGUUUUGGAUCAGCAGUGCUCAUUUGAACCUGGGAACCAGCAGGACUUAAACCCAAUUUGCUUGCAUUUUACUGGUGGCUUUUAUAAAUUUCAGAUACUGAGACUUGUGGAAUUUUAUAAUUUCAUAUCAGCUGAUGAGGUAUGCUUGCUUUUAUAUCCUGGACUUCUCCUCAAAGAGGAGAUAGGCCUGGUUUCCUUUGUACUAAUCGGAAAGGCUGUGAGAUUAAUAAUACAGAGCAUUAAUUGUAUCACUGUGUAUGGUAAUGGAUUCUUUUCAGCUUUUGGUGCUGGCUGUGGAGUGAGCCAGCCACAUAUCACAGUAUAUUUGAGCAUUAUAAAGGAAGACAAAAAAAUUUCUUGUUUGUGUAGCUCUCCUAACACACUCUUUAUUUUACUACAGAAAUUAUUUUAGAGUUUUUUGUAUAGACCUAUUUAGUAGUCUGUUUCUAAAAUGAAAUGUAUUUCAAUAAGCGGUGUAAUUUUUUCAGUGUAGCUGGACCUAUGUUGUACAAUAGAUAAAUUUUUAUAAUCAUCAAAAUGUGAUUCUUAAAAGAUGCAUAUACUUCUAUAGUUAAAGUUAUUCUUACAACCAUACAACUUAAAAGGUGCUUCAGAGAAGAAAGGAACUCAAGAGGUCUUUGGAAAGGUUGCCUCAAAAGUGAUGUUGAUUUCAGAACUUUAUGUAAUUUAUUUUAGUUGGGUUUUGGGGUGGUUUUUUUGGUUUUGGUUUUAUUUUUCCUUUCCUUUUUUAAAAUCUUGCGUUUCCCUUUUCACAGUUUCUCUUAAGCUUUUUGGACAAGGAUGUUGGGAUACCAUAUUCCUGCUCCACAGGUUUUCUUUAGUUCAGUUGGAAUGAGGUAUGAAAUGGGUUAGAAAGGGAGCCCCUUUCAUGUAGGGACCUGCCAGUCUGGGAGUAGAGAGUCACAAGAGAAUGAGAGGUCUGGCAGCAGAGAGGAAGUCAAGUAUCUAAAGUCAGCCAAGCAUCUUUUCUUUUUGGGUAGGAGAGCCAAUUUUAGUGGCUUUUCAUGGUAUGAUUUUAAGUUGGGGAUCAUAUCAGAUGCUGCUCUUUGGAUUGCUUUUCAGAAUUCCUGGAGUUGUUAGGAGAGGGGAAUUAAGUGAAAUCAUAGAUGUGGUGUUUCUGACUGGUUGGUGUAAGAGUGAGAAGAGAAGUUUGAAUGAGAACAUGGUGUUUCAGUUGCAUUGUUAAGAACAUGCUGAUAGGACUGUAUGUACCAUGUGAAUCUCUCCCAUAAAUGUAAUGCGCAUAAAAUUAUGGGAUGAUUUCUAGGCAUUGUAGUCAUACUUUUGGCAAAUCUAAGUUUUACAGUUGUAUGAUAGGAAAUUUUGAAUUGUAAGCAUGUCACUGUUUCAUAAUCCUGGGAGGCAAUGAGGGGGAAGUGACAAGUUUAGUGCAGGGAUAAUGGGCUGGAAUGCCAAAUGUAUCUGUUUUAAUCAGUGAGUAGCUGUUGCUUUUUCAGGUUUGUAUUUCUCUUCAACUAAAACUAAAUAUAGCAGCAUUAUGCAAUCUAGGAACUUGUUGCCCACCUUCAGUGAAGACAGAGGCCCAAGGCAAUGUACUGUAAGUCCUCUUUUCCUUAAAAUUCCUCUUGUGUGCUGCUUUCUAAAUUAAAUCCCACCAAACUAUACAUCCAUAGAUCCUCAUAGGCAGAUGUCAAACUUACUGGUAACUGCUUGGUAAUGAACUGAGGGUUUGUGACUAACGGGAUUAAUUUUUUUUUUUCAAGAUAGCAAAAAUGGUGGAAGUUCGUCCUAGCAUAACUUCCUCAAGAUUAAUGCUUUUAAGCACUGUGUUUUGAAACACCACGUCCUCUGUUGAGAAUUAGCUUCUUAGCUGAUGUUUUUCACCAUUUUCUACCACCUAAUCAUUAAUGUUGUUUGGUUUUGGUGGGGGUUUUUUGGGUGUUUUUUUUUUUUUUUCAUAACAAGCAUAGAAAACUUUUAAGAACCAGAAAGGGCAAUUUUGGCCCACCAAACCUACUCAUUUUUGACUGAGCUGAAACCUCUUCCAGCAUUUCUGAAAAAUAAACCAAUGUUUUUUAAGAAUUUUCUCUAUAAUAUUUAUAUACAUCCUCUGACCUUCUAGAAGAAAAAGCCGGUUAUAAAAGUGAAUUUACACUCAUGAUUAUGACUGUUGUAUUUACUGUGGCUGGUCCGCCCUGAAGGUUCUAUGCAUUCCACGUCAAAUUUGCAACCUACAUUUCUCUUGUGCCACUAUUUUAUGGUCAGGCCUGUUAUUAAAUGAUUUUUAAAUGCUAAAAAAUUCUUGGUAAAUCAAUUGUAUUCCAGUUUUGCAAAAUGAUUUUCUUCUCAAUAAAUUUACAGUAUUAGGCUGCUAUUCAGAAUUCUAAAAUUUGGGACAGUUUUUUUCUAUUACUUAAUUCAUAGCAAUGAUACACCUUGUAUUUUUUCCUUCUAAAACUUAUGAACUUCCUUUCUGUGGAAGAUUAAACUAUCUUACCUGCUUAACAGUCUGUCAUAAUGUGA